AAUUCUUCUCAUAACAUCAGAUUUAUCUAGAAGACGUUUUGUGUUCUUUUGGGAAAAAAUGUUUUUCAAGAAUCUAAAAUAUCGAAUAGUAUAUAAAUGUCAAAGUACUUCUCUAACUAAAGUUGAUAUACUGUGCAAUAUAAAUGGCUUCUUGUGCGCUUCCGCUGUGUUUGUGUCAAUAAUACUGUUCAAUGUCUUGGCAAUCGCAAUUUGCGAGAAUAAAACUCCGGCAUUUAACGUUAACAUUACUUCUACUGUCAUGACUUUGAUGAUAUAUAAAACAAAACAAUUCGACAAUAACGGUAACGAUAAGCUGGAUAUAUUAAAUCGUUCCAUUAAUACGAAUAUUGAUACGAGGUAUGGAAGCCUUUAUACAGGAUCUAAUCAAAAUAUGUCAGCAAAGAAUCAGCCACUACGCCGUGGGGUAGGAGAGCAAAUUUUGAGCAAACAGCAAGAGGAACUCCAAUGGCCAGCAAUGUCGGCCGCUUACCUAUUAGGACGUAAUGAUGGCAACACACACGAUCGAUCCGGUUACGGUACAUGGCACACAAAAAUAAAUCCAUCAAAACUAAUAGCUUCGCCAACGAUCGAUGCAGAGCAAGAACAGCAAUCGAUAUCAAGCAAUCAUCGUCAGUCAUUGUUCGUCCUUCCAGAUAAUGCCACCAAAGGCUCUGCUACUAAUUUUGAUUACAAUAUGCCACCAGAAUCAUACAAUUAUUAUAAAACUAAACAUAGACGUCCGUUUGCCCUAAAAUUGGUGCAAAGUGAUCUAUUAACAAGACGCCUUCCUUUAAACGUUGACCGAAAUUCAGUUGAUGUGCACCGUCAAUACAAUACAUUAAACGCGAUAACUGAUGAAACUUCUAGUAAUGAUAACAUACCCAAACCUUUUCGUACUCCUUCGGAAGGAUCUUUGCCUACCGAGUUUAAAAAGCCUGCGACUGAUAUGGGCAUCGACGCAAGUAAAACUGGAGAGUUUAGUGGUGAUGACCCUAUUUUUAUUCGUAUUCUCCCAUCACAUAUAUCGACACCCACAGUUUUACAUAUAUCUGGAUCAUUCAACAACUUCAAGUUGAGUAGCUUCAUUAAUUUCUUACGUGGCAAACGACAAAAGCCUAGCGGCUUAUGGCAACAAUACAGCACUGCUCACGCCCAUUUGCACGGUAAAAGUGCUUUGCCCACACCCACGGUGAAUUUAGAAGGUCAGCGUUAUCAGGAUUUAAUAAUGGAUCAGUUUCACUUAUUUAGGCCAGCGUCACCAUAUGACAUCAAUUUUAUGGCGUUUCAACAGCCAAAACACGUCAACAACCUUAGGGCUCAAAAUUCAAUAUAUAAAAGGCUAAAAAAGGACAUUCGGAACGAGAAAAUAAUUAGCGCUAAUAAUUUAACAUUUUCCCAGUACGCAUCUCCUUCGAAAUAUAAUAAUGUGUUAUAUCCGUCGUUUUAUUCACCUUACAACGGAUUAAAUGUCAUACGAUCACCUGAAUUGAUAAAUCAUGAGCCGUUCAAAGUUAAAUUGGACAUAUCUCCCUUAUGGCCCAUGCAAAGAAAUGUUAGAGGCUCGACAGCUCCUAACAUGGAGGAAAAUACUUUUAAACCUUCGAUAAAACUCAACUCGAUAUCAUUUUUAGAAAACGCGCAUACACGUUACCUUACUACACCCCUGCCAGUAUCGAUAUCUGCUGACGAUUAUUAUAAUAGUUUUUGCUCGCGUAAACGUCCAACACAGGUUAAAGAUAUGCUAAAUCAAAUAAGUCAAGCCAGAAUCUCUUUGCAACACACAGUCUAUCCACAUCAAACGUCAAAAUACCGCCAACAAGAGCGGCAAUCAUUGGUGUGUGAUCCAACCGCAAUAAAACGGUUUAAACGAUUUCCUGCUUACCGUCCUAUAAGUCGAGAACAGUUCUUAGCUAUCGCGAAUAGCACGAAUCCAAAAGCAGCACCUAUUACGGUUCACUUGAAUAUAUUUUCAAAACACAGACUUCCAUCGACCUCAAAUUUAUCGAAUCCGUUUAACUUUAACGCUUAAGAAUUUCAAGGC